AUUUCAAAUGUAAAUAUAUCAUACUGAAUGUUUUUGGACACUAUUUGCUUUGUUUGUUUGUCAAGGCACUUGUAGAGUGUGAUGGUGAUUCCAUAGAUUUGAGUGGUGAUGUGGGUGCGGUUGGACGAGUAGUGAUUUCAGAAGAACCAUCUGGAAGCAAUGAAAUGCUUUUGGAUCUGAAAGGAACUAUUUACAAAACAACAAUAGUGCCUUCCAGGACAUUCUGUGUGGUAAGCUUUGGUCAAUCUGAAGCAAAGAUUGAAGCCAUCAUGAAUGAUUUCAUCCAAUUGACGCCACAAUCAAAUGUUUAUGAAGCUGAAACAAUGGUCGAAGGAACUCUUGAUGGAUUUUCAUUUGAUUCGGAGGAGGACGACAGUUUUGCCAAAAAGGCAGGCGAAGACAAACAAAAUGAAACCAUUGAUGAUGAAACAACUGGAAAAACAAAACGAAAAGCUAGAAAAUCAUUUGCGGCUGAACAGAAGAAGGGAAAAGCUGGAGGGAGCAAGCUGCCAAAGAAAGUGAAAAAGAAAGCACAAGUAAUUGCUUGUUUUCUUUGUCGCAGGCUUUCAAAGCUCCGACGGCAUCGUUUUCUUAUGGACAUAACGACUUGCCCCUUCUGCAAUCUGAGAGUGCUUUCUGUAGAACUAGAAAGACAUGCGAACAGUCACUUCGAAGAUGAAGAGACCAACCCUGCUCCUCCCCAGGUUGAUAAUGCAAGUGUCUGUAGAACUGGUGAUUGUGAUAUCCCUGAGAGUAGCUCUUCAAGGUCUCGUAUGGAUGGUCGAGCUUUAGAGAGGAGAGAUACGGGCGGGCAAAUCAGGUGUUUAGUAGAUCUACAGAUUAAGGAAUCUUUUUACAGUGUAGAAGGAGGGAUGAUUAACUUACUGAGAAGCCGUUUGGAACAAGAACCCAAGAAUUGGGUCAGCCUGCUGUGUGGGUAUGUAGAUCAUUUUGAGAGUAUCCCAUUUGAGGACGUUGGAUGGGGAUGUGGAUGGCGUAAUAUUCAGAUGAUUAGUUCUCAUUUGAUCAAAUACAGACAAGAAGCAAGGAAAACCCUCUUUGGUGGUUCGGAGUUUGUACCUGAUAUCCCUUCACUCCAAAAAUGGCUUGAGAUUGCCUGGGAACAAGGCUUUGAUAUAGCUGGGUCGAAAGACUUCAGUAACAAAAUCUAUGGGAAAAGAAAUUGGAUUGGAACAACAGAAUGUGCUACCCUCUUCCGAUCUUUUGGUCUUCGAGCCAAAAUAGUCGAUUUCUGUAGUAAGACAAUUGCACCUAAGGUUUAUGGACCUAUGGACAAAUACGUGUCCACGUGGAAAGAAAAGUCUUUUGACAAUGUGUCCAUUACCCAUGAUGCAAAUGUUAAGGGUCAAGAAGCUCUCAUUGAAUGGGUGUGGAAUUACUUUUCUAACCCCAAAUGUACAAGACAUGAAAAUAUACAUGUUCUUGUUUGUCAAAAAUCGCCAUUGUAUUUCCAACAUCAAGGUCACUCGAGAAUAAUUGUUGGGAUUCAAAAGAAAUGCCAGAGAAAUGGCUCAAAGGAAUACAAUCUUUUGAUCUUAGACCCUGGCCAUAGAACCAAGCAUCUUGAAAAAUCUCUUAGAGACAACAAGGGAUGGCAAAGGCUAAUAAAAAGAGGUGUCCACACACUGAAGAAGCCAUUCUACCAGUUGUGUUUUAUUGAUCCUGGAGUUGCUUGUGGGGAAGAGGCCGAACAACUGAAGAUUUUAAGGAGCAUUCGUCAUGAAUUUUAGUUAAAUUCCUGAAAAUAUUUGUGUUUUAUUGAUGUUGGAGUGCCCUGGAUGGACAAUGCUUAUGGACUGCCACUG